UAUGCUAAAUCUCAGAUUACAUGUGAACUUAAAUUCUGCUGAUUAAUAUAGAUUUUCCUUACUUCAUGAAGCUUCACCAAUUGCUUAUUUAAAUUAAACUAACAGGUGUAUCUGAGUGAUCACAACGGUAAAGAAGCAAAGUUGGUGGCAUGGGAGUGGAAAAUGUGGCUGAUCUUCCACCUCUGGAUCCAGCUGUUGUUUUGAUUGGAACAGCAAAGGGAGGUAAUGUUGGACCUCCUAGUGGUCUUGUUGACAUUGGCGUGAGUGAAGCUGCCUACCUUUUUCGAGUUGCACUUCCUGGUAUUCGGAAGAAUGAAUGUAAGGUAAAAUGUGAUAUCCAACGUGAUGGAAAGGUUCAUAUAGAAGGAAUCAUGACAGGUGUUGGACUUUUGAGAAACUCGUCAACUGUGUACCAUUCGAGAGUCCAGCAACUAUGCCCACCAGGAGCAUUUAGCAUAUCUUUCCGUCUUCCUGGACCUGUUGACCCCCGUUUGUUUUCUCCUUAUUUCCGGCAUGAUGGAAUCCUGGAAGUGGUGGUUAUGAAAGGCAAAGUACCUCUACCCGGAGAAGGCAGGUUUCCAAAUCUGUGAGGUUAGUGGAAGGGCACUCUCUUAGGUUCUGUCUUGUUUGGAAAAAAAGCAGUGUGUUUUAAUUGGCGCAGUGAUGCAUAGAGUCAGUUUGAGGAGAAAAUCAGACUUUAUAUAAAUGGAUAAUGAAGUUCAAAUAGCUAGAUUGUUUAAUACAAAGAAUUAAUUGCAAACUCAAAAUCUGGGGUCAAGCUUUGACCCAGAUCAUCCAUUAUGCAACUUUUUAAUUAUCAUUCUAUAGUGAGGGCCUUAUGUAUGGCCUUCAAGUGAGGUCCUAUCUCUGAACCGUUGGACUAACCAAUUUGAUCCAACGGUUAAGAGAUAGAGCCUCACCUAAGAGCUUGCAAUUGUCAAAACUUGUUGAGGAGCAGUGUAUAUAAACUUGGACUUGGGCU